UCCUGUUUCGUGUCAAGCCGCAAAAUGAAAAAAGAAAAAUAAAGCAUUUUCAGUUCUCUUUUGAUUUGGGAUAAAACCUCAUCCGUUUCUAUUUCUGACAAGCAGAACAUACACAAUGGACACGGUUCUGUCUCUCCUUGUUCUAUCGGCACUAUCACAGCUUGUCGUACCUGAAGUUCCCAGGAUAACAUUUAGGGCAACAGUGGAAAUAGUCUCAGGGACCUCAAGGAUCUUCUCUGGAGAGAAUCUGCAGCUGAGAUGCAGCAUUCCCGAGGACUACAAUGCUACCUGGACUUUCCAGUGGUUCAGGGCAUCUGAACUGCUUCCACAGUACGGAGAGAUCUUUAAGCUGUGGAACGCCAACGUUAAAGAGAGUGGGAAGUUUUCCUGCCAGGGGAUAUGGGACACGAUAACGGUGGGGCAUAUGAAAACUCAGCGAAGUCUACCUGUGGAAAUCAAUGUGGAUGGAGGAUGGGCUAUCCUCGACGUCCCAUCGGAACCCGGCCUCGUUGGAGACACCUUGAAGCUGACAUGCCGCCUUCGACACAACUUUCCUGUUCACGAGUCUAUCUUGUACAGAGAUGGCAUUGAAAUAAUGAGACAAAAGGGCCGCAACUUACACUUGGUGUUGGCCAACGUGAGCCUUGAGGACAACGGCAUGUACUCCUGCAGGGUGUCCUUUGAUAUGAAUCUGCGUACCCACUCUGUGAUUUCAGUUGCUGCGCCUGUGCAAGUCUUAGAGGUUCUGUCACAGCCAGUAUUGGAGAUUGAUACUGAAAGCAUCUUCAUUGAAGGCGAUAAAAUGAAGCUUAUCUGUCACGUACAAUACAAUGCCCGUGCUCCCGCCCCGCCGCUACACUACUAUUUCUACAGGAAUAACAACCGACUGGGAACGGCAACCUCAGAGAACCAUGACAUAAUCAGAAGGACUCCAGGGCAGUACAGCUGCAAGGCCAAGGUGCCGGUGUUGGGUGUAUCGAGGUGGAGUGAGGCCAAAAGUUUUGGCGAAGUCACGGGUGAUUUGAAGUAAAUGUAUCCUGCUGUGCUUUCCCCUUUAACUGUUGAUGAAUGAGACUCGUUAACAGUUUCAUAUGUUUUUAGGUCACCUUAUCAUUCAUAUUCAUAUAACUAACUGCCUAAUAUACAUUUUUCACAAUGUCUGGGAUCAACUUUGUACAGAUAUUUGCACAAAACCAACCAAAUGAUCAAAGCUGGAGACAGUUAUGUUCUUUCUUUGUGCAAAUAAAGGAUUC